GAGGGUUGCCCCAGAGACCGAGGAGUACUACUGGAACGCACGCGCUCCUGAAAGUCUCGUGGAGAAACUCAAGAUGGCGGCUGCCCAUGCGGUAGAGGAGAUGCGGAGUCGUGUGGUUUUAGGGGAGUUUGGGGUUCGCAAUGUUCAUACCACUGACUUUCCUGGUAACUAUGCCGGAUAUGAUGAUGCCUGGGAUCAGGACCGUUUCGAGAAGAAUUUCCGUGUGGAUGUGGUACAUAUGGAUGAAAACUCACUGGAGUUUGACAUGGUGGGAAUUGAUGCAGCCAUUGCCAAUGCUUUUAGAAGAAUUCUUUUAGCUGAGGUACCAACAAUGGCUGUGGAAAAAGUCCUGGUAUACAACAACACAUCCAUUGUUCAGGAUGAGAUCCUUGCACACCGCCUGGGGCUCAUUCCCAUUCUUGCUGAUCCUCGUCUUUUUGAAUAUCGGAACCAAGGAGAUGAAGAAGGCACAGAGAUAGACACACUGCAAUUUCGGCUCCAGGUCAGAUGUACGCGGAAUCCCCAUGCUGCUAAAGAUUCCUCUGACCCCAAUGAACUCUAUGUGAACCACAAAGUAUAUACCAGGCAUAUGACAUGGGUCCCCUUGGGGAACCAGGCUGACGUCUUUCCCGAAGGCACUAUCCGCCCAGUACAUGAUGAUAUCCUCAUUGCUCAGCUGCGGCCUGGCCAGGAGAUUGAUCUGCUAAUGCACUGUGUCAAGGGCAUUGGAAAAGAUCAUGCCAAAUUUUCACCAGUGGCAACAGCUAGUUACAGGCUUCUGCCAGACAUCACUCUACUUGAACCUGUGGAAGGGGAGGCAGCUGAGGAACUGAGCCAGUGCUUUUCACCUGGUGUUAUUGAAGUACAAGAAGUGCAAGGUAAAAAGGUGGCCAGAGUUGCCAAUCCCCGGCUGGAUACCUUUAGCAGGGAAAUCUUUCGGAAUGAGAAGCUAAAGAAGGUUGUGCGGCUUGCCCGUGUUCGAGAUCAUUACAUCUUUUCUGUAGAGUCAACUGGAGUGUUGCCACCAGAUGUGCUGGUGAGUGAAGCUAUCAAAGUAUUGAUGGGCAAGUGCCGGCGCUUCUUGGAUGAACUAGAUGCAGUUCAGAUGGACUGAGGUUUGGACCAGAAAUACUGGGAUGUAUGGAGUUGGAUGCUCCUGGGUUCUGACCUGCCCCAAGGGGACUACUAUACUCAGUGUGACUAGAGGUCUAAUUCCAGCUUUAUUUUCCAUCAAUACAUUUUGUUAAAUGUGCUACAGAAUGAGACUUUAUGCCUUUGUAAGGCCUUUGAUGUAAAUAAAUUCAUGUCCAAACAAAAUCUUUUAAGACUACUUCUUGACUUUGAGUCUCAAGGUAUGGGGCCUCAUCUCAGAACAGGUUUGGUAUUUAGCAAUCAAGAACAUUGGAUUCACUGCCAAUGUCAGUGUAAGUUAAGGCCAAGUUUUUUUUUUUUUUGGUAGUACUGGAGAUUGAACCUGGGGCCUUGAGUGUGCUAAGCAGGCACUUUACCACUGAAUUACAUUCCCAGCCCUCGAAGCCAAGUCCUUUUAGAAACUUCCUGCUGGGCAGACCUGUAGCAGCUCUCCAGAAUGAGGCAGGAGGAUUGUGAGUUCAAAGCCAGCCUCAGCACAAGUGAGGUGCUAAGCAAUUC